UCAGGUAAAUUGCCUGUUUCUGGAUGGUGAUAAAUGGAAUACAACAGGAAUGACAGUUGGUUCGAUUGAUGGAGAAAAUAUUGAAUGUUUGACAAAUCAUUUAUCAAGUUUUACAAUGGUUGUACUUGAUGCAGAGGUAUAUUGUGGUAUUAUAAAGAGAUUUCAUAAACAUACAUAUUUACAAUUUUAAUUCUGUGGUUUCGUUAUCUUUCUAUAUCUCUAUUUUUUUCUUUAAUUGAAUAAAAAGUUAUAACGACGCAUGCAAUAUUUCAGGGCCAUGAAAAAAUUAGCUGUCGAUAUUUUUAUUAAACAAUAUUUUUCGCAGAAUCAGUAGCAAUACAUGCGACGUCGCUUUGUAUAUCAUUUUAUAUACAGUGAGUAAUAGGGUGUAGCUGCCUAAUCCUGGAGGCAUUUGGUAACUGAAAAAAUGUUGGGAAAUCAUUGAAUAAUUUGAUAAGAUAUAAUUUGUAGUUUUAUAUUUGUUCGAGCUAAGUCAAUAAUACUAGACCUAUACGUUUAUGAUUCGAUAAGUAUUCAACUAUAUUUUAUUAUUUUAGGUUAGUCAGUCCAAUAAAGUAGCUUUGAACUACGUCAGUUAUUUUGGAUCUGCACUCUCACUGGCUUGUCUGCUCUUCACAUGUAUUAUCUAUAUUGUUCUAUAGUGAGUAUAUAUGCAUGUUGAAAACUGAAACUUGAGAAUUCACUGCAAUUAUUACUUGCAGCUAACUGGGAUAUGGGUAUAAUUAUGCAAUAUAUACCAUUCUUAAAUUAACCUGUUGUAGGCAGCUGUAUUUUUCAUGCUCAGAUGCACCUGUUUGAAGUGUCAUGACACUUCAUAAAACAUAUUUCAUUUUUGAUGGGUAUUAAUGGCUUUUCAAUGUCUAUAAAUUUCAGCAAAGAUCUUCAAAUUUUAACAACCAGUCGUCACCUGGUACAUUUCAACUUACAGAUAGCUUUGGGAUUGACACAGAUUGUUUUUCUCGCCGGAGGAAAUGCCACACAGAAUGAGGUAUGUAAUUUAUAUAGCCUUCUGCACAAAAUGGCGGGUAUGACACAAUACACUCUUUCAUACUAUUACGAUAUCGUCGUUUUCCAACUUGCAUAUGUGAUCAUUUAGCGCAUUAACUAAGAAUGCGUCGUGUAGUAAAGACUGAAAAUUGUUCUUGUGUACUUGAGUUCUUGUAUUGUGGGUCUGCCUCGUAUUAUUUAUAUUGUGAGCUUUUUGGUGUCACAACUUUCUUAUGGUCAACUUUAAUAUAUAUCUCACUUCCCAAUUUCACAAUAUAUAAUGGAAAGAUUGUAAUUGUAAAUUGUAUGAAGAAUGUGAAUUUAAUACAAAUUGUUCUUAUCCAAUUUUUAUAGACAGCUUGUAAAGUUGUAGCAAUCUCGGUGCAUUAUUUUUCUUUGGCUGGUUUCACAUGGAUUCUUCUUGAAGCUGUCAUGCUGUAUUUAAAAUUGAUUUCAGUGUAUGGUGGAGAGUUUGUGAGAAUGAAGAAUUUCCUGCUAUUUGGUUGGGGUAUGUUUCAUGUUUAUAAAAAUACUUUACGCAUCACAUCCUUAUCUAGUCAUUUAAUAUGUGCUGUUUAAUAAACGAGCAGGAGUGUUUUAUUAGGUUUAAAGCCACGAGCACCUACUAAAAUACGACCUGCGAGUUUAUUAAACUGCUUCAAACACGACCACAAAUUCAAUAGAUAUACUGCCUUAUUAGUAUUCUUUAUGUAAAGAAUACUAAUUAGGAGUGUUUUAUCACGUUUAAAGCCACUGCACGUGACAUAUUAUGGUUGACAUGAUUUGCCAAUAAGCUUAUGAAUUAUUAAUGAGUGUUUGAAGAUCUGAUAAAACACGCACUGCGAAUGUUUUAAGUUGCUUCAAAAACGAUCGAUCUAGUAAGUUCAUUGGCGGAAAGUCAAUGUAUUAUAACGUUUAUGUAAAUCAAGGUAAAUCUCUAUCACAUAUAAAGAUACGACACACUUAUGAUGUUUCUUUGUGUUUUCCUCAUAAAUUAUUAGUGAGUUUUUGAAGAUUCUUUAGAAAGCUGUAACCUUGCAAAUGUUAGCGUAUACCAAUGUGUGAACACGAAAACCUUCGUAAACUGAACUCCCAAGAAUACAAAUCCAUAUUCUUAAACGCAAUAGGAUUUAGAAAACUCGAUGUAUCUCCACAUAGGAAUUGAGAAAGCAAAGAGGCGCCGAUGAAGGAGGAAAAUGCGAGUGCAAAGUAGAAAAUCCUUAUAGUUAAUUUCCGCCAACAUGGCAGAUUCAGUGUGUUUGCACAUUGAAAGUAUUGAUAUAAAGAAGUCGUGAAGAAAGAAAAAAUCAUUUUUAUACCUUUGUUAAUACAUUUAUACCUAUAGAUAUAUGUGAACACUUUAGAUAACGAACAUCCAAUGUGUUUGUAAAACAGUGGAGGACUCUAAGGUGGCGAGGUCUGAGAGGAGAGCGCUAGGUGGCAAUCGGGAAGUGGCCGCCACUAAAAUAAAAUGAGGACGAUUGGACGAAUUUCCCGACUAUAUGUAUAUACAGCUAUUUCGGUUAUUAUUAAGGUUAUCCCCCGCGCAAAGCGGAAAAGUCGAAUACGAGCGCGAAAGGCCGCUGGGAAUUGCUAAUAAAUUCAUUCAUUUAUCAGCGAUUCCCAGCAGCCUUUCGCGCUCGUAUUAUUGACUUUUCCGCUUUGCUCGGAGGACAACCUUAAUUGAAAUAGCUGUAUACUGUUGUUCCACAGUUGUUAAAUACAUUUUUUGUCAAAUAAUUCUAAUAGAAUCAGUCAUUGUUAUUCAUAUAUUUCAGAUAAUUUGCUUUACGUAUAACAAUUGAUUUUAAUCAAAAUGUUGUCUCCAGUGAAAAUAUAAUUAAGCACAUGCAUAUACUGUAGGAAAAUUGGCGCCGUGAGGGCCAAUCAUGCUUCAAUAUUAUUUUAUUAUUAUGGUGCACAUUGCUAUAAAACUUUGUCCAUGCAACGACUGUUUGUGAUUUUAAUUGAAUGAUAUAACUUACACUUCUAUUUAGUGCUUUAUCGCUUUAAAAGUAAUUUUCCUAAUAACUAAUCCUUUUGAAAAAUAUACAGGAUUCCCUUUGCUGUUAGUUGGUUUAUCUGCUGGAGUGAAGAUUGAUGGUUAUGGUACUGAUCAAUGGUAACUGAAAUUUGAACUUCAAUUUUUCCUCACAUUAAAUCAUGGUAUAUUUGAGCAUUUCAUCAUUAAAAGACAAUGGCAACUAAAAAUUUUAUUGUUGAGGGUAUAAAUUUGCGGCAAAAUAAUUUGCUUAAAAAAGCAAAUUAUUUUGCCGCAAAUUUAUACCCUCGACAAUAGAAACCAUGAAAUAUUUUAGAAAUACGACGUUGGACUUUUUAUAUAGCCAUGACCCUCGACUUUUUGAUAUGACCCUCGAAUUUUUAUAUGACCCUCGACUUUUUAUAUAUGUUUUUCGACCCUCGAUUUCCCACCCUCGACAAGAACCUAAACUCCUUCAAUUGAAUUACUAAAAAUAGCUAACGUAAACAAACCACAAUUAUCAAACACACAAAGAAACUAAUUAUUUGAAAAGAAAUAUACUGUUUAUAGUUGUGUCAUGUUGAUAUUUUGUUUAUAUAUAGAUUGCGAUAGAUGAACCAGGCGGAAAUCGUAAUCUUAGGAUAAAUAUUAUGCUGGGCAUUAAUAUUUAUCCUAAUACACAGUAUAGAUUGAUUAUUGAAUAUUGUCUUAUUAAAUUUGUAAGCCUGUAUGUAACGCUGUAUAAGUUUGUUAUUAUCAAACGUUUACAUUAUCUUAAGCAUCCUCUUAGUAAUGAUUUUACAUUAAGACCAAGACAAUGCAGCUGUCGAGAGCGAUUUUUAAUGACUCCCAUAAUUAAAACAUUAAACUGUGUAAUAGACCUAAUAGUGUUGGGUAAAGCAAUCUAGUUAAUAUAUUUAAUAUGCGCUUUUGUCUAAUUCAAGCGUGGUAGACAAUAUUGCUAAUUGCCUCGCGAAUCGAAGAGUUUCAGAUAUGUCGAAUAGAUUUGUGCGUUGUUUGUACUUCAAUUUUGGCCACGAGGCACAAAGGGCGACUUGAAGAACACGAGUGACGAGUGUUAACACAAUUUAAAGCAAGUUUAUACAUGCCCAUAGCAUUAUAAAUUUAAGUUAAUGAAACAAGCGUUAGGACAAGAGUAAAGUUGUGCAAAGUCUCCUGCAUGGAGUACAAAGGUCUGGUACAAAGGUCAAUCUGUGAAUCGUGUGAUCAUACACGUGCAAAGCGCAAGGCUGAAUUAACAAUAAACCAUUGUCAAAUCUCUUCCCAUGCGUGCGGGAAAAUAGACCAAUCAGGUUUCACCUUUUCGUCUGCAUAGUUUCCUGCUUGGAUCAGUAAGCCUCACUGUGUCACUUGCAAGCAAAAUUGUAUGAUCUCUGUGGCAAAGUACUUCAAAAUUACCACCCAUCCCGCCCUUCAAGGAUUUUGCACCACUAUAUUAUAACUUGUAUCGCAUAAUAAAUAAAAAUCUGUAAAUAUUGUUUUGAUAUGCAAUCCGUCAUCAAGAUUCACAUGAAAUGCAAUUCAUGUAGUGUUAUAGAUAAAGUAUUAUGGAGUACUUUACUGGUUAAUAUGUUAUUACAGGCACAUCUAUAUUUUGUAAUAUACAGUAUUAGAAUUAACUUUGCUAGUCUGGUUGUAAAAAUAAAAUAUUUGGUUGUUUGGGGAUGGAGCGCUCCCAAAGGUCACCCUCAACCCCAUAGACUCACACAAAUCAAUGUAUUAUACAGUGUAUUGUAAAGUAAACAAUGACCAUCACGGGGAUCUACUACCCCUUGGACAUUAAAGUAAACAAUGACCAUCACGGGGAUCUACUACCCCUUGGACAUUAAAGUAAACAAUGAUCAUCCCCCCUGAGGACAUAUAAUUAUAUCAUAAUCAUAUUGCUGUAAUAGUGAGUCUGUGGGGCGACACUUUGGCCACAGUUUAAAGUAUAACCGGAGCAUUUCUCCUCGACAACCCUUCUCCCACAACAUUGUGUGUGUCAUAGUUGUUUUCUUAAUUGUCCUAGAAUAUUUACUUAACGAAUUGGUGCAUUAACUAUACGUACAGUGUUGACAAAAUUUAAAAAUGCUGUAUAUAUCUCCCAAACAUAGUCGUUGAGAUUAAUGAUAGGCUAACGAACCAAGCCAUUUGUCGAUCAGAACUAGCUUUGAAAUAACGGCAACAGCUACUAAACACAUGCAUGCAGUCUCGAUUGAUGAAAACGAGUGUAUGAGAAUCGCUCCAUUUGAUAAUAUUUACUGUAAAUACAACAAAAUACAUUGUAAACACAUCUCUCGCUCCGACCUACUAUACGAAUGGCGGCUAUUUUUAGAUAUUUUGUAAAAAAAGAUCUGACAUUUUAAUACUCCGGUAAUUACAGUACCCGGAGUAAUGAGGUUAACAAUUAAUCCAAGAUGGCGGACAGCUCAUUGCUUUCAGUGAAAAUAUUUCAAGCGUUAAGCUUGAUAUGAAAAAUUUGUAACAAGAUGCUAGAGAUAAUUUUCAACGUUCUUUCAAAUGAGACAAUAAUUUUUUUGUUGCCAUUGUCCUUUAAGUACCAAAAACCAACAUCCUAUAUAUUGUGUUCCACGUAUAAUAAUAUUCAUUAAUAUAAGCUUAAUUAAUAUUCUUAUUUUACAGUGAAUACCUUUAUUGUUUAGUCUGUGAAUAAACGUAAACGGAUCAAAAUUUUAACUGCAAUAGGAUGGCAUUCUACUAUAAUUAACAUAAUUACUUUCUUGGUCAGGUGCUGGCUGUCUUACGAAGAUGGAUUUGUGUGGGUUUUCUUUGCGCCAGUGAUCAUUAUAACAUCCGUAUGUAGUUUUAUAUAUUAUUAACCUUUGUUAAAACAAAAAGAUUAGGCCUUUGAAGAAUAUGUAACAGCAAUACCAACCGUAACAGAAACAGCAGCAUUAACAGUGACAGUUUUUACUGUCAAUGAAACUUUCUCUGAAUAGUUUUAUAGCACUCUCGGGUUGGGACUGUUUGUCUGUUUAUUCCAUUAAUAAAAGAUAUAAAUCUAAUUUAUAGUACAAAACUGUCAGACAUUGAAAGUAUAACUGUGUCAGUAAAGCAACAAUAACAGAUAUUACAGCAGCAAGUUCAAUAACACCAAAAUUAAGGAACAGUUCAAAAUACAUUAUUAACGAACACUUUAUCAUAAUUGCCCAUGUAGGUGACUCUUGUUGUAGUCAUUGUCGUGAUUCGUGUUUUGUUUAUCGCUUCGAAGUCGGAAGAUGCUGGUGCCAAGAAAAAUAUCAUGUAAGUUAAAUAAAUUUUUACAUUUACUGUCAAUGCAUGUUAUUUCGUCAAAACUACUAAUAAAGCAUCAAAUAGCAGUCGGUAAAGUGAGAAGAUAAAUGAAGAAGUGCAAUAUUUUGAUCUCGUUUUCCAAAUAAAUAACUUUGCUUCUCGCUGCAAUAUUGAACAUCAGUCAUAGCAUGGCCACUAAGUUUGUAUGGCCACCAAGAAUGUGCAGCAUGGAAAUAUUCUAGAUUACUUUUGCAAUAAAAUGUUUUUGGAUUGAACAAGUUGCAACUUGAAGGUAUGAUUUUUUAAAUUAAUUAAUUAAUUAAUUAAUUAAUUAAUUAAUUAAUUAAUUAAGAUACAUUUCAUUAUAUAUUCUCUAGUUCUGCCGCCCGUUGUAUUAUUAUUUUAUUCCCGACUCUUGGCCUAUCCUGGGGAUUCAGUAUUAUCGCUGUCAAUCAUGAUGCCUUGAUCUGGAAAUACCUCUUCGCAAUUUUUACUUCGUUGCAGGUACAAAGAGAGAAAAUGACAUUGUGCAUGGUGCAUGUAUACCACUGAUCUGCAUAAUAACUAGGCCUGGAGACAUAAUUACUGACAAUGGUGGUCAUAUUGGUGUUCUGGUGUGACCACCACAACAGACGUUGUUACAAUUUUUUGUAUUGGUUGGAAAGAAGAUACGUUGUCUAUAUACAAUUUAGCAAACAAUUUCCUUCUUAAAUUUGACUAUUGUGGCCUACACCAAUAUGGCUGCCAUGGAUGUGUGCUAAUCGUCCUUACUUGCAGCUAAAACCUCAUAUCGAGUUGAAUGCUUUCUAAGCGCGCCUGUGGCAGCCACCUUGUGACUCGUGUCUUAUCACAGAGAACAGCAACGGUUGAAGGAUCAACUGAGGGUACUCACAACCUAUCCUAUCAAUAUUCUUUCUGGGAGGAAACCGGAGUACCCGAAGAAAAACCCAAGACGUUUGGUAGAGCGUCGACUGACUCUAUUCACAUAAAUGUCACGAGUCGCGGGGAGAUGAAUAGGACCCUUGCUCUUGACUAUUGCGCCACGGAAGCUCCACAAAAUGUUCUAAAACGACAAAAGUAAUUAGUCUGAUAAUGAAUUUGCAAUAAAUUCGAAAUAUCACUGUUCAACUUGUGUCUUCUUGCUCUAAAUAAUGGUGGUUUGGAUUAUGGACAUAAUAUUAUAGUUUUUAAAGAUUUAAUUUUCAUCUAAUCAUACGCUAUUUUGUUUCUAUAGUUACUCGGUAAAGUAUUGUAUUUAGGAUCUAAUUUAUAGUAAAAGAUAUUUUAAAUAAUGAAGAAAUUUUUACAUUUCCACAGGGAUUUUUUAUCUUUCUCAUUUAUGGAGUUUGCAAUGCAGAG